AUAUACUUAAAUCAGAGAAUGAAGAAAAUAAUAGUUUAGAUAAUAGUUUUUAUAAUAGUCUUGACGAUAAUUUUGAUGACAAAUCAAGUGAUAGUUUUGAUGAUGAAUCAAACAAUGAAUUAGAUAAUGAGUUAAAUAAUAAAAUAAAUAUUGAAUUAGAUAAUGAGUCAGAUAAUGAAUCAAAUGAUGAAUUAAAUAAUGAAUUAGAAGAUAAAUUAAAUAAAAAACUAGAUAGUAAUGAGUUAGAUAAUAAAUUGCAACCUGAUAAUUAUUUAGAUAAAGAUUAUUAUAAUAAUGAAUAUCAUAAAAAUGAGAUUGAUAAUUUAAAAGAAAGAAGUUUUGAUUUAUCAAUAGAUGAUAUUUUAGAAAAUGAUAAUUAUUUAGAAGAUUAUUUUGCAAAAAAAAAUAAUAAUUAA